AUGACAGGCCCUCCCACUCCCCCGCCCACUUCGCAAACGGAGAUUGAAGACGCAGCACGCAUCUCUGCGCCUGCCCAACCUAUACCCGAGCCGACAGAUGUGCCUCCUGCUCAACCUGUGGCACCAUAUCAGACCGCAGUUGCAUCCAUACAGCAGUCGUCUGCAAAUGGCAAUUAUGCAGAACUCAUCCGGAUCGCAGAGGAGGAGGACAUGCUUACCCUUGAUCAUGGCAACAAAGCGCGACUGUUUGUGAUUGCUCCCCUGACCUUAGCGUAUCUGAUUGCGGAUGAUCCUGCCGCAGCGCGCUAUGUCAUAACGAGGUUGCCGAAGAACCUCGCCUCGACGCCACUCGCUUCCUCUCUCAUUCGCCUGCUUGCUUCCGUAUGGGUUCGAAAAUAUGCAGCUGUGUACUCUCGCGCAGAAGAUUUGUUUAAUCUCUGUCAGCAAUCUGGCUUCUCUCCCGCCGAGCUAGCGCCCACAAUUGCGAACAUGACGAUGGUCUUUGUCGAAUCAUUCCGUAAGAAGACAUUUUCGUUGCUAGCAAGAGCGUACACAUCGAUCAAUCUAUCUCUGGCUCAAGCAUAUCUUGGACUACCCAUCGAUCAGAUUCUCUUAGCUGCAUCUACGAAUGGAUGGUCAUACGACGCAAGCACACAAGUCCUUGCACCUCCCCCUCGUGGAAGCCUCCGCUCCGAGGUAGCAUCAGCUCCCCCGACAUUGCAAUCGUUCAGUGUCAUUGCGGACAGUGUGACGCGCGUUUAGACUGAAGUUCAGCAGCCCCAAUGCUCAGUGUCCUUUUCAUCGGAUUCGUUGUGUCACGUCUGAGCCCACAACAGCAUGUAUCGAUGUAUUUCUUUCAGAUAUAUUUUCCCCAACAUCUGUGGCUUUUACAAUCGCAAGUUGUGCUAAUGGUACAGGCUGCCGUGAGAGCUGGC